GGUCAACAAGAGCCUGUCGCACCCCUCCAUUGUCACGGUACAUGCCAUCCUGACGGACGUGCACCUGCAGAAGACCUCCACCCGUGUCCUCCGCUUCGUGCCCGCCGCCGCCCUGGAAGCCCAACAACAGCAGGCCGCGGCAGUAGUUGUCGCAGCAGUCAGUGCCGCACCCAGCAGCGCCAGUGCUUCAGUUGCUGCAUCGGCAGUGGGAGCGAUAGCAACGGUAACAUGCAACGGCUCCAAUGGCGGUGGGGGUGGUUGUGUCGCCGUCGCAGCUGAGACUCAGCAGCAGGCGGCUGGGCUGACGCGACGUCAGGGAGGCAACGGUUUGUCAGUCAGCAGCACCACCGCCGGGGCCACAGCGCCGACAGCGACUGUAGUAGCAGCAGCGGCAACGGCGCUCGCACCACCCCAACAGCAGCUGCAACAUUCACCCAGCUGCCCCUUGCCGGCGGCCCACAGCGCACCCUCCGCGACCACGACAACGACAGCUGCCAGUAAUGGCGGUGGCGCUGCUGGCAGUAGUACUGUCAGCGGUGCUGCAGCAUGCAGCGGAGGCCCCACGGACGGGGGCUGUGGCUGCGUGUCUCAGACGGCGCCCGGAGCGGCUCAGCAGGGAGCUGCUUCACCAGGGGGGCCGGCAGCAGCAGCAGGAGGGCCAGCAGCAGCUGCAGCAGGAGGGCCAGCAGCAGCUGCAGCAGGCUCCUCGUUGGCACCCGCCUUGGGGCGUGAAAGCAUGGGAGGGCUGAGUGUGGGCGCGCCGCCACCAGCCGCGCUUCUAAAGACCUCCAAACCGGCAUCCCCCAAGGUGCAUGCCAUCCUCAUGGAGUACUGCAGCCUGGGCGGUCUGCACAAGUACAUAGACAACCGCAUGUUCUUCAGGGACCGAACACCGCUUGACAAGGCCUUGGACCCCUCUCGCAACCCCUCCGCCCCCGCCAUCCCGCUGCCCCCGGAGAGCCUGCACAUGGACUUCAUCCUGGCAACCCUCAGCGAGGUCGCUUCCGCGCUGCAGUACCUGCAUGCCCAGGGAUUCGUGCACUGCGACCUGAAGCCGGAGAACGUGCUACUCAAGGAGGCUAAUAACCGGCGGGGCUUCACCGCCAAGCUGGCGGACUUUGGCCUCAGCGAGCUGCGCUCCUCCGACGGCCAGGUGGUGGGCGACCUGGGCGGCACCGUCACCCACGUGGCCCCCGAGUCGGUCAUGCAGCGCCAGGUGUCGGCCGCGUCGGACAUGUACGCAUUCGGCAUCCUCAUGUGGGAGCUCUACAGCGGGCAGCAGCCCUACCGCGCGCUGCUGGCUCACAUACCCAAGCGAGAGGACCGCCACCGCAUGCUGCUGGCGCGAGUGGUGCACGAGGGCCUGAGACCGCAGUUCCCGCCGGGGGUGCCGCAGGACUACUGGACUCUGGCGACCCAGUGCUGGAGUGCUGACCCCACCGCACGUCCUAGCACAGGGGAGGCGCUGACGGCGCUUGAAGUGAUGUACGGCAAGUAUGCGCCGCCGCCUCAACAGCAGCAGCAACAGCUGCAGCAGCUGCUUCAGCAGCAGCUGCAAGGAAAUAACAGUAGCGACCAGUCACCAGCAUGAGAUAACUGAACAGGGUUUUGGUGAGUACACAGUUAGGCAUAAAGAGUGGUGUGAGCAAGGGUGCUUGCAUGGUGAGGGUUGGUGGUCUGGUAGGUCAGGGCUAACGUUGAAUACUACGUGCACAAGUGGAGGAGAUGCGUAACUAGUAUUAUAAACUGUCCUUGUCCUUUUCCCUUACAAGUACUUCCCCCGGUUUGGACCACCGAAGUAGAGGCCGUUUACCCGUUGGUGUGAGUUUGGGGUUCCUGCAUUGGGCCAUAUUCAGCCAUGUCCAUAUACUUCUGAUUCCUACUCGGUAUCUCUUUAUUCCUUGGGAUGGGGGUGUAUUGGGGGUGUCAUGAAAUCACACGUAAACAAAGGCGCAAAUAAGAUCGCGAUUUAAUGGCGUGCCAACUACCAUAUGCCCUGUGAUGACUUGGAUUCAUCGGUUUUCCACGUGAUUACUGGAAUUGCCGAAGCAAGGUUUUGCCAGCAUGCGCGGUGGAGCAUGCACAGCAUGCAUGAGUACCACGUGCGACGCAAAGCGGAUCGCAGUUGCGCCGUUAAUGAAGGCAGCGUCUAAAUACGGCAGUCAUGUAUGUAGGAGCAUAAGGAGCCCUGUGUAGGGAACCCUGUGCCGGUAUGGUGUUCGUAUGGAGAUUGCAAAGAGGCUUACGUGUCUUACCUCGCCUCAUGUCCGGCAUGCGGCCUGUAUGGGCUAGCUGUAGGCUCUAUUGGAAGGCACGGAGUUGCCUGUUGCUGGAGUGAAGCAGAGCUGUGAACGGAGUACGAGAGCACUCACCUGACUCUUUGUCUUCAAAAGGAUGCAUUACCUGCGUGGGGCGAAUUGCGUGCUAGAUGUGCUUGGGCUUGAAGGGGGCGAGCGGAAUGGCGCUUCUUGGAUUUAGGGAUGUCACUCGGGUUGGUAAUAACGGCUUGCUGAAUUGCUAUAUGGCUAGUUGCACGCUAAAAGAUGCCAAACUUAUACAGUGGGAUGACCCGAUCGCCACCGUACAGAUCUGUCAUCCGUGGCAGAGGUCACAUUUUGCAAUUUUCGUCGUACACUGGAAGGGUUAAAAGAGUAACUGGGUGGUGCAGGAGCUCAAGGCAUCUUCGUUUCUUGCAUGCCAUGACUCCGUAGUUGCCUGCUUUAGCUUUCCGUACGCGGUUGUUACAUGGUUCCAUUGCUGUGCUAAAUUGUGGGUAGCAUGCAUACCCGUAAUGAGUACAGUUAGAAGAAGAUUAUCCAGGAUUGUAGCAACGAUUGAUACAGUUAGUAGGCGUGGGGAUGCUGGUGUGUGUACGUGUUGUUAGGGUUCUAGGCAGGGCCUUUGGCCGCAUAGGGUUGAACUGUUGAUUGUGAGCCGGGCUGACCCAUGGGACGGUCGCAUGUAGACUUGCACUUGCUUUACGGUGAGGGGGGCGGUGAUUGCCCAUGUGGCAUGGGGGAAACAAACGCACGCGCAUACGCUGGGUUCGAACGAAUCGACCAUGUCCAUGCUCACGGGGAUUCGAUGCCGACAUGAACUGUGCAGCCAUCAAGUGCCGACAUUACAUUGUUGCCGUACAUGCUCUCUAUGUUCUCUUAUGCCCAAGCGCAAUUGCGUAGCCAUGCAGGACUCCAGUUACAUGUCCCUGAAUAGACUGAUGGACUGUUGUCAUCCAACCAUAUAUGCCUGUGUGGUUCUGUUGUAAGGACCAUGUUUGGCGUGUUCUGUUUUCUCC